AUGUUGACCUCUACGAAUCCGGCCGUCACGGCCUACAAAGUCUACCACCUUUCUCAAAUCAAACUCGACAAUGAAUGCCGCCGCCAGACACCCGACCUCCACCGCAUUGUCUGCCAUGCAUCCAUCGUGGACAACAUCCGGCGAUGGUCUCGUGAGCUCGCGGAACCUCCAGAAACAGUGCUCGUGGACUCUGAAUCCGAUACGGAUUCGGAUCCUUUCGAAGAUCCAGCAUCUGACGAGGAAUCCGAGGACACCAUCCCCUUGGGCAAAGUAACAAUCUACGAUGGCGACACCCAUGACAACGACGAGUACCAGCAAUACCACGCCGAUAAUGAUGCCCAGGCCAUCCAGACGGAGAAGACCCAAGACCAAGAUUCGAAAUCAUCUAUUCCUAGCCCCAAACGCCGGCCUCCCCCGCCUCCUCCAGCCACUUCGUGCUAUGAAUUCAAGAGCAUCGAUUGGAAACAGAAUCGACCCAUUCUAGUCAGGGAGAUCGCCAUCGAGGUGGACGAAGACGAUGAAGACUAG